AUGAAAGAUAAGUGUAAUAGCAAUGUUUGAAGCAUGAUUUCGAGCUCACAGAUAUUCGUGGAAACUAUUACCGUAGUUGGAAAUGCUGUUAGACUGAUUCUUUGACAUCAAUUUCCUGGUUAUUCUUCCCUGCAAUUAUCAAACCUCGUAAAUGAUAUGAAUGAGGUAGUGAAAUAGGGCAUAUUCAUCUGAAGUAACUUUUUCAGAAAGGGUUAACAUGUAUAUCUAUCCUGAAACCUAAUGACGAUGGGAAGCUGUGUAUCGCAAUGUUUACAGUCAUCACUUCACCGUUACGCCACCAGCCAACACUCUGAAGCUUCACAGCUUAUCCCAGAUUAUUCCACUGGUAAAGUUCAGCCUGUCAGCGUCACAGCUGAAGAGAUAGAUGCCACUUUAGAAAUUCUUAAGGAGCAGAUUACAAAAAGUCAAGCUGUUCUGGCAUAUCUGUCCAGGAGAGAAACUCUACAAACAGAAUUACGUAGUCGAAGGAAGACUGCUUUAGAAAGGCUAGGAUUUUCCGAAGAAGGAGCAGGACCUCGCCAGUGUUGGAGUAAUUCCGAAAAUGCAGAAUUUGGUACCAGGCCUUCUGCUGUCUCUACCAACCUAGCGCCCAGAAAUUCACAUCACUUAGCUUUUUCGUGUCCAAUACUUCCUCAUGACUCUUCUCUUAGUGCAAAAUCCACUCAAACAGAAUCCUUAGCUUCAAGUUUUAAAGACAGUUUUCGGACUGAAAUGUCGCUGCCAAGCAAACCUUGGCAAAAGGAGAUUCAAACUGAUAUUCAAGCAGACAAAUCACAUCGAUAUCUUCAUGUUCCUACUUUAGAAUUUUCCCAAAGUUCAAUGAAAAAAGAAGGAAACAUUUCUCCUCUUUCACCAUUUUUUUACAGAAACCGCAGUUUCAGUUUCAUUUCCGCAAUUAAUGAAGGCAGUGCUUUAAUGGCAAACCCUGAAGAACUAGAGUGUUUAGUAAAAGCUCAGUCACUUACAGUAGAAGGCAACGAUGUCUUGUGGUUUCGACAUCCUAAACAGAGCAUUGGAACAUCAACUAAGGAUGCGAGUUACGACACCAGGUCUUGCUCUCCUCAUAAUUUGGAGAAAAGUGGUAAACAACCAGCAGAAAAUAUUGUCUGUUCACAACAGCCCCAGUGUGUGAAUAGCACCAGAGUUAUAAAAAACUCAAGAUCGAAUAUUUCAAAAUCCCAGACAAAACACAAUGAGAAAAAAAAUACUAGCAGUGAAAAUAUAAAAAACAUUCCCCCUCCAACGUCUACUGCUCCUAAGGAACACAGCGCUACCUUCUCACUGGUUUCUUCUUCAACUGGCAUAUGCCGAGCCCUAGUUCAUUGUGCUAGCUCCAAGAAAACCGAAGAAAAUAAGGAAGAAAACCAUGCUGACAAGAUAUUACCUCCUCCAUACAGAGAAGCUCCACGAACCUUAGGACAAGAUAUUUCCAAAUCUUCCUCUUCUCCUAGGGAUACUUCACCAGAUGGCAUAACCACUUAUGAUAUUCAGAGCAAUAUACCUUUAUCUCAACGAUCUAGAAGACGUUCACUCGAAAGACAGUGUUCAAUCCCAACUGACUUAGCAACUGCUUUUCCAAGACUUUUAAUGCUUGCGGCCGUAAGUGAGCAAAGUGAACAACUAUCGUCUUGCGAAGAAAGUGAUACUCAGGAAACUGGACCCGACGAAACUGGAUUUCCAAGUAACUCAACAAGCAAAACGGAGAAGAGGUAAGUUAUCUAUUCAUAUGUUAUCUUGUGAAGAGAGUGAUUCUCAGGAAACUGGACCCGACGAAACUGGAUUUCCAAGUAACUCAACAAGCAAAACGGA